UAUGUGGCCCCCUGGGCUUACGUUUGUGUAUAUUGAACGGUUCGAUAGAGUGAGCGCAUUCGACGACGACCCAUUUGGACAACUAAAUCAUCUCUCUGGGUGAUGGCUGGUUUGGAACUUGAAGAACUUGAGACACGUGUGAAAGAUCUGUAUCGGUUUCGGGACCAAUACUUCGAGAGUCAUGACAUCACAGAGGCAGACAAGAAGCAGGAAAAGGUUCAGCGCAUGCUUGAUGAAGUCAUUGAGUUUGCCACCAGCUGCAAAGAAGCGGCCGAGAAGACGGACCGCGUGCAGUACCUGUACCUGCUGGGCCGGGCGCGCAACGCCCAGCCCGAGCACUCGGCCGAGGCGGAGGAGCUGCUGAGCCGCGCCACCAAGCUCAACCACCGGCACACGGGCGCCUGGAACGAGCUGGGCGUCUGCCUCUGGAAGCGCGAUGACGCCGCCGCCGCCGGCACCUGCUUCACGCGCGCCCUGGAGUCGGGCAAGAACCCAGUGUCGCUGCGCCAGCUGUCAAUGGUGCAGCGGCAGACGGCGCCCGGCGACCCGGCCGAGCGCAGCCGACACAUCGAGGAGAGCCUGCUCAAGGCCAAGGAGGCCGUGGAGCUGGACCUGCAGGACGGCGUCUCCUGGCAGAUCCUCGGCAACGCCUACCUCUGCUUCUUCGCCAUCAAGCCCGACCCCAAGCUCCUCAAGCAGUGUCUGGUUGCCUAUCAGCGAGCGGAGCAGGACCCGGCCGCCCGCUCCAGCCCCGAGCUGCACUACAACCGAGCUGUGUGUCUGAAGUACGAAGAGCAGUACCAGGCGGCGCUGGCGUCGUUCGACAUGGCGGCGCAACUUUACCCGACCUGGGCGCCGCCGGCCGACCGCGAGCGCGCGCUGCUCGACCACCUGGUGCGCGUGGCCGACAUGGUGGCCGCGCGCGGCAAGCUCAAGCACAAGAAGCUGCUGGCCUUCACGCAGGAGCUGUCGAAGCCGCGGCUCGGCCUGUACGCCGACGAGUGCAUGGUGGGCGGCCGCAAGGUGAAGCUGAAGCUGACCGCCUUCUCGGAGCUGGCGGCCGGCAGCAACAGCGGCCGCCUGGUGGUCGGCAAGGUGGUCUGCAGCGUGCCGGCCGAGGACAACGUGCCAUUCACAUUCUGCCUGGUGGACUCCGAGGGCACGUGUCUGGCCGUCAACGUCUACAACCUGGCCGAGGGCAAGGGUGUCAUCAUCGGGGACACGGUGGCGAUCCCGGAGCCGCUCCUGGUCUCGGUGGACGUCCGGCACAAGGCCCAGGCGGCCUCUUUCCGCUUGAUCCGCGUGCAGACGCCGCUGCUGCUGGCCGUGAACGGGCGCCGGCCCAACCCGGACGUGCAGGCGGCCGUCUUCCUCAACACGUUCAACAUGUCGGACUGAGCGGCGCCGGCGGGUCGGACCGUACCCCGCGGCCGGCGGCCGGCGCCGUGCCCCGCGGCCCGCCAGGCGCGGACGCCCUCCGGCCGGGCGGCGGCGUGCGCUCGGGACCUGGACCACGGUGGCCCGGCUCUGCUCAGUUCGCUGGGGUGAUGAGCUCCGCGAGGGCGAACAAGAGGCGCGUCCGAUCAGUGUCAGCAGUGGUUUGGUCUGUCACGGACUCGUGUAUGUUGCUUGGAGGUGAAACUCACGGGCGUAUUUUGGCGGGCACAAAACAGCGUUCAGACACAGCCUGGGCCGAACCGCUUGUCGGGAAGACGCAUGUCAGUCUAAAGACCGGAGCGUCAAGCGAUGAUCCUCGUUAACUCGCGUCUGAUUCGCCGCAACAGCCGGUUUUGACUCACCUGGCUGGAAUUCCCGUGUGCUCUGGGCAGCGAGCCGUGCCCGUCCGCACGUCACCGCCUCCGCUCACCGCGGAGCGCUGGCCGUGUCCUUGUGCGCCCCACGCGCCUGUUUUCCCGGCGUCCGGUGCCGUGUUUGCCUGCCGUGUGGAGAGGAAUGCGAUCACCGGUGCGGCGGCGGCGGCGGCGCCGGGCCCCGGGACCGGUGCGCUCGGCGGCGGCGGCAGGUCCGGCAUUAGCUGAGACCGGUGCCCUUUGUGGGCUUAGCGGCCGUUCGGCGAUCAUCUGAUGGCAUCACGGGUGGACCAAAUGACGUAGGACUACGGCCCGGGCUGGGCUCCGGGAUUGACGCGCCACGGAGAGCGUGGACGGCGCGGUCUGGAGACGCCGAACCUGUCGGCCUGGCGCCUCCUUGUGCGCUGUGGUGGGGCACGCGGCCCCGGCUGUGAGUCGUGCCUGUGUUGGUCGCGCUGGAACUGAGGCGGCAGCACUCUAACUAGGCGCCGGAUGGCUAGGAUGGGUCCCGCGUUGUGCGGAUAUUUUCACGUUCCUUUCUUGUACUUUGCCCGCUCCUCAUGCUGUUGUAGAUGUUGCGUUGAAUCGGUUGCCACGGCCGCUGACAAGCGCUUCGCUUCACCGUUUAUCUGUGAUAACCCGGGCUGCGGGCCGCCCGCGAAGUAAUACAUUUUCAAGAUUG